AUGGAAGCCUCAGCGAGCUCCUCCUCUGAUGCAAUCGACGCGCUCCCUGCUGCUCUUUGGUUUCAAAUCUUCCAACAUCUGCACCUGCCGCCCUCCCGCCCGGACGGCCCUACAAUCCACGGCCAGAGGCACACUCUCAACCGUCUCACACCGUGGCAGCUGCAUGAUCUUGAGCUGUUCCGCUCUCGUAAGUUUUUUUCCCGCAAGCAAUUACGUCGCUUUGCAAGAGACACGCAGCGCGGAACCAGCGACCAUCGCGCUGAAGAGGGCUUUUCAGCCGGCGAGCAGUAUGAGAAGGACGCCCGCGCCUUUGGUGCCUCGUGGCCUCUGCUCUGCUGCGCUCUCGCCAGCAAGAGGCUUCUCCACCUCGUCGUUGCUUUCUCUCACAUCUCACUCGUGUACGAUGACCAGUACCCCCAGUGGAUGCAGACCAUCCGCUUCUUCCUCACCCGCCCGGGCCUCCACUCGCUUGACCUCCGCUUCCCCGACCCCGACCUACUUCACACCCCCUCCCUCGCUGCCUGCAUCGCUCGCUGCAGCUCCUCCCUCACGUCGCUCCGCCUGGAGCUCCAAGGCAAUGCAUUUUUUUCUCAAGAAGAAGCAGGAGGCAAAGGAAUGGACGCUGGGAUUUAUCAGCAGUUGCUCCCAGCUGCGGGAGUUGAACCUGGGGCGGGGCAUGUGGGUUCUGAACAAGCACUGCGCGGGUGCCCCGGGCUCAAAUUGAUCCGCAAGCUGACCUUGGAGAGUGUAGACUUCAAGAAUGUGAAUUUCCAUUUCCUCCAGUCCAUCACACCGCAGCUGCACGAGUUCACGCUCUACGAGGAGAAAGAAUUGAGUCUUGGUCCUCGCCUUGCCUCACGCAAUCUCGACUUUUCCUUCCCCAAUGCCCGCCUCCUUCGCUUCCUCUUUUCCAGCAAGGUGCUCAAUCUCACCCUCACCGUCUCUUCUACGCUCAAGACUCUCUCAGUGAUGGCCAAGUGGCUCGUGCUUUCCUGCACGAGCACCGUCCCUCUCACUCUCGACCACCUCUCGCUGUACGGCCAGGAGCGACUCGUUAUCUGCUCCCUCCUCCUCGCAUCCGUCAGGGUUGCUUACGUGGACCGACCUGAAAAUGUCCACGCGGACUUAUUCUGGACAGAUUGGCUUGCCACCAUAGCGCCGACAGUGGAGGUGCUUAUAGUGCCACACUGGGUGCCUAUUAAGGAGGUGAAUGCAGAGUGGAGGAGGCUGAGGAGCCUUGGGAUUGUCGUACGCACCAAGGGGAGGCAUUUAUGGGACAGGGAGGCCACUGUGGACAAAUUAAGAACGCUCACGGAUGAUGAGUUUGAAGAAUAUUUUGACGAGGAAGAAUUCGGGGGGGUUUUCGACUACCGGUAUAUAGAGGAUGAAUUUGCUGAUGAGUGGUACGAAAAGGCACGGGCACGUUACCGUGUGGAUUUGGAAGCCAGGCUCAGGCAGCAGCAGCAUGAGCAGAACGGGUUUGCCAAGCCCCCUUCCAUCCGCGCUCCGAAUCUGCGGUUUCUCUUCUUCCCCUCUCGCAAGGCGUGCGACGCCGCCACACUGGCUGCACUGCGGCAGGACUACCCCGCCCUGGCGCUCUACUGUGUGGUGGACCGCUCCUUCUAUUGGGAGAGGAAAGGAGCGAGCAUCAGCAAUGGGCCGCUGGAGCAUGUGAGGAGGGAGAAGAGUGGGGUGCUGCGGUGUUGGUAUACCAAGAAGCAGCAGCCGAAGAAUGUGAGGGAGAAGAUGCACAGUGUGAAUAGGAAACUGGCGGAGGGAUAUUGUGCUGAAGAAGAUGAGGAGCAUGCGUUCAAGUACGAUCGACAGUUCUAG